UACUUCCCAAGAGCCAUGAGACUUCUUCUGCUGGCUCUUCCUGUCCUUGCUUUUCUACCCGAAGUGAUCCCAGCUUAUAGCGGUGAGAAAAAAUGCUUGAACAGAUCGGGGCACUGCAGGAAAAACUGCAAAGAUGGCAAAGUGAUCCAGGAAGCCUGUAAAAAUCAUCGCAUCUGCUGUGUUCCAGACACCAAAGGUUACAGUCAAGAGGCCUCCAACAAUCAGGUCACUAAGUCAGUUCCCACAAUUGUGUAUGAUCUGUCCUCAGACUUUAUGGAUAUGCUUCAAACAAAUCUGACUGUAGACUACUCGCAAAUAAGAGAUGAUUUUGUGAAGAAAGAACCUAACAGGGAGCUGGAGACCUCUGUCCCUGAGGUUUAUCAAAGCACAUGA